CCCAGACCCCUGCAUCCAGCUGCGGUUAAUCCUGAGGGCGGCCGCCGCCACCCACUUGUCCUCACUCCGCAGCAACUGCCCAGGGUCCCCCGCGAUCCCCGACCACCGCGGCAAUUUCCGAGAUCUGCCGGGGCCAUGACACCGGCGGGCGGCCGCGGCGGCUGGGGCUGGGGUGGCGGCAAGGGAGGCGGCAAGGGAGGUGACUCUGGUUCGGGGGGUAAAGGAGGCUUUGGGGCGCGCACGCGCGGCUUCAGCGGCGGCGGCCGGGGCCGGGGGCGCGGCGGCGGUGGCGGCGGCGACAGCAGGGACCGCGGCGGCGGCGGGCAGCGGCGCGGCGGGCAGGCCAAGAACAAGAACCGCCGCAGGAAGGCCAUCACCGUGUCGGUGGAGCCGCAUCGGCACGAGGGCGUGUUCAUUUACCGCGGCGCGGAGGACGCGCUGGUCACCCUGAACAUGGUGCCGGGAGUCUCGGUGUACGGAGAGAAGCGCGUCACUGUGGUGGAGAACGGCGAGAAGCAGGAGUACCGCACUUGGAACCCCUUCCGCUCCAAACUGGCCGCUGCCAUCCUGGGUGGCGUGGACCAGAUUCACAUCAAGCCCAAGUCCAAAGUACUGUAUCUGGGCGCCGCUUCGGGAACCACUGUCUCUCACGUCUCCGACAUCAUAGGCCCAGACGGCCUGGUCUACGCGGUCGAAUUUUCCCACCGCGCCGGCCGAGAUCUGGUCAACGUGGCCAAGAAACGCACCAACAUCAUCCCGGUACUGGAAGAUGCCCGGCACCCGCUCAAGUAUCGCAUGCUCAUCGGAAUGGUAGACGUGAUCUUUGCCGACGUGGCCCAGCCGGACCAGUCCCGCAUCGUGGCGCUGAACGCCCACACCUUUCUGCGCAACGGAGGCCACUUUCUCAUUUCCAUCAAGGCCAACUGCAUCGACUCCACAGCGUCCGCGGAGGCUGUGUUUGCUUCCGAGGUGAAGAAGCUGCAACAGGAGAACUUGAAGCCACAGGAGCAGCUAACUCUGGAGCCCUAUGAGAGGGAUCACGCUGUGGUCGUCGGGGUCUACCGGCCCCCUCCCAAGAGCAGCAGCAAGUAGCAGCAACAGAAGACAGGGAAGGUGCCCUGCACUGCCACGAGACUGAGUUGUGUCUUUGUGCCUGUCCUAUUGUGUUGUUUUUCUAUUAAAUGAAAUAAACAAUU